GUGCCCAGGGCAUGGCAACCUCCAACCACACUGGCAGCAGCCACUCGCUCUUCAUUCUGCUGGGCAUCCCUGGCCUAGAAGACCAGCACACAUGGAUCUCGCUCCCAUUCUUCAUCUCCUACCUUGUCGCCAUCCUUGGGAACAGCACGCUCAUCUUGGUCGUCGUCGCUGAGCGUAGCUUCCAUGAGCCCAUGUACCUCUUCCUCUGUAUGCUGGCGGUGAGCGACCUCAUCCUGUCCACAACCACUGUGCCCAAGGCCCUGGCCAUAUUCUGGUUCCAUGCCGGCGAGAUCUCUCUCAACGGUUGUGUCACCCAGAUCUUCUUCAUCCACGCCACCUUCAUAGCUGAGUCGGGCAUUCUGUUGGCCAUGGCAUUUGACCGUUAUGUGGCCAUCUGUAACCCACUGCGCUAUAGCUCCGUGCUGAGUCACACAGUGAUCCUAAGGGUUGGCCUGGCUGUGGUCCUGAGAAGCUUCUCUCUAAUACUCCCAGAUGUGUUCCUGGUGAAGAGGCUGCCUUUCUGCCGUAGCAACGAGCUGCCACACACCUACUGUGAGCACAUGGCCGUGGCCAGAUUUGCUUGUGCGGACAUUCGGGUCAAUGUGUGGUACGGCUUGUCUGUUCUUCUCUCUACUGUGGUGCUAGAUGCCUUGCUCAUCUUAGUGUCCUACACCCUCAUCCUCUAUGCAGUCUUCCACCUCCCCUCCCGAGGAGCUCGGCAAAAAGCCCUGGGCACAUGUGGCUCCCAUCUUGGGGUCAUUUCCAUGUUCUACUUGCCUGGCAUUUUUACGGUCAUCACCCAGCGGUUUGGGCGUCACGUUCCUCUGCACACUCACAUCCUCCUGGCCAACGUCUGCAUGCUAGCCCCUCCCAUGCUGAACCCUGUCAUUUACGGGGUCAAGACCAAGCAGAUUCGAGAGCGUGUAGUCAAUACUUUAUCUUCCCAGUGGAGAAAAUGCUGA